GCUUUUCUUGGUCAAAUUCUUUCAGUCGUCUCGAAACUUUCACCGUCGCUGGGAAUGUUUUUCGCCGAGCACGCACAGACACCGCGGCUGAUGCGUUCCUCGAUGAUCGUGGUUCGGCCAUGCACUUUGUUGCAGUAUUAGUCGGUCGGUGGAGUUAGCGCUCGUGUAUCCGCUUUUUCAGUGACAUUGGAGCGUGGUUAGUUUCACACUUUGCAGCUCGAACCACAGUUCUCGCGUGGUCGUGUAAUGUGCAUCUGAGUGCAGUGCAAAAUGAAUCCAACAGUGAGAAAAAGUGUUGUGCUGUGAGGAUUGUCCGUGCUUUCGAGAGUGUGUGUGUGUGGGAGUUGGUGUGAAAAGCGUUGAUCGUGAGUAUGCUCGUGACUUGCGUUUUUGAUAUACAGCGUUUCUAAAGUGCAGUGUAGUAGUGAAUGAGAAAGUUGGUGCGAUACCUUGGUAAACGCACGCUGCUAUUCAGCCUGCCAGUAUGCAAGUGAAUGUUUGUUGAAAGCUUCCCAUGAAGUAAAGGAGAACAAAUCUCAGUUGCAGGCGGGAGUAAAGAAGUGUUGAAAAAUAAUUAAAUUGGAAUAUUGGGUGCAUUAAAACUUUUGGUCAUUACAGAAUUAAACUUUGCUGCCGCUUCCGUUAACACCGAGUAAUUUUCGCAGUGAAUGUACCCAAAAACUUUCCUCAUCAGGAAAAAAGGAAAAUGGAACUCACUCAGCGGGCAGUGCGCACAAAAACGUGAUCUUUGAUCUGCAGUACAGCGUAAUCAAUCGCAAACUCAACCAAGUGCAUAGUGCCAGAUGCCAGUCGGCUCGGAUGCUGGGUGAAAUUUGUGUGCAUGUGACUUAGUGGAAAGCGACCGUUCACAAGAUGAUAAUCCUACAGACAGUUAAACUAAUUCUACUUGCCCUGAAGCUACUACCCAAGCGAUUUACGCAUCGGAAUGUACUGUUUAUGAUAUACUUGGUUACUCUCGUCACUCACGUGAUGAUGGAUGAACCAAGAUUUGCUCAACCAAUUCCGAACGUUACCGUUGCCGUGGGACGGGACGCUAACCUGCCCUGCGUAGUGGAACAUUUGGGCACCUACAAGGUCGCAUGGAUACACAUCGAUCGGCAGAUGAUUUUGACGAUACACCGACACGUUAUCUCGCGCAUCCCACGGUACAGCGUGACGUACGAUAAUUCCAACACAUGGCUGCUUCACGUUAGCCAGGCCCAGCAGGACGAUCGGGGCUAUUACAUGUGCCAAGUGAACACAAAUCCCAUGAUUAGCCAAGUCGGUUACCUGCAAGUAGUCGUGCCUCCCAAUAUCCUGGACAUCGAAAGCACUCCGUCGUCGGUGGCCGUGCGAGAAAAUCAAAAUAUCAACAUGACAUGUCGUGCCGAUGGAUUCCCCACGCCCAAGAUCAUCUGGCGACGGGAAGACGGCCAAAGCAUUACCGUCGAGCGGAAGAAGAAAGUGAUGGUGUACGACGGCGAGGUUCUUCAUCUGACGAAAGUAAGCCGCAACGAAAUGGGCGCUUAUCUCUGCAUCGCCACUAAUGGUGUGCCACCGUCGGUGUCUAAGCGGAUUAUCCUUGAUGUGGAGUUUUCACCGAUGAUUUGGGUGCCUAAUCAACUAGUUGGAGCGCCACUCUCGACUGAUGUUACCAUUGACUGUCACACCGAAGCUCAUCCAAGGGCCAUCAUCUACUGGGUUUACAACUCGGUAAUGGUACUGCCGAGCAAAAAGUACAUCAUUGACUACAACGAAAACUCCUACCGGGCGCACAUGAAGCUAACCAUCAAAGGCUUAUCGAUGGGCGAUUUCGGCAACUAUCGCUGCAUAUCGAAAAACUCACUCGGCGAAACGGAGGGUUCGAUUCGCGUUUACGAAAUUCCACUUCCAUCAACACCAUCGAAGCAAAUUACUCACGUGAUGGAACCGAAGGAGACGAGCCCGGCCGUGGUGUCACGUAAUGAAACCAUUAAGGUCGCCAGCCAACCUGAGGUCCUGUUUCCGAUGAAGAACGACGAAGGCUACGCUCAGCGCUCACCGAACGGGAUCCCUUUCGAGCGCAAGGGAUCGCUUGCCAUCGGGCAAAGUUUCUCCUACACCGACAUGCCACCGAAAGAGUUCGGUGUAUCUAAUGAUGCUCGCAGCAGCUUCGGUGUGCUUUCGCUACUAUCGCUAACGACGAGUGUGGUACCUUCGACGCUGCUAGUGCUGUGUCAUCAGCGGUGCGAGAGUUGGCUGUUUCUGUAAUUUGCAAUUCAGCUGCACCAAGCCACGGACCCAGACAGCUUUGGAAUUCUUUCUUCUUCUGAAGCUGUUGUAACUAGCGGGACAUAUCUGCACGCCAGUGAGGACGGGGCCAUAUCGCGGUAUGUCCCUGCCGUUUUGCUCAUAUCACUCCCGUCGCGGGACAAACAUAUCCUCGACUGCAGAAUCGUUCGGCACUGGGAGCUAUAAGGUGAGCGAUAAUCAACGCAACGUUCACCCAAAAAGGCUGAGAGCAAAUCUGUAACAUAAAAUUAAACUCACGAUGUUCUGCUUAGAUAAGGGACGCUGCUAAGAUAAACAAUAACUAGGUUACCACCAUUCAUGAUCAUCUGAGUUUCUGAGCAUUUUUUUUGUUUGUUUCUUGAUAAAUGCUUUCCUACCAUCAUCUCAAUCACACUUUCAACGAUACAAGCAUUGUUACAUACUGACACUAUCGAAUAGCUUUAACGAAAGUAAGGAAAAAGGUUCCAUUCAAGUUGAUAAUAUCUACGCCUUGGUUAUGCUGUAUGCUUUGUAUCGAUUCUGUAAAUUAUAUUUAAACCCCUACUGUUUCCUUGUACGGGUGUUCGAUUGAUCUAGUACGGGCUAAGGAAGAAAAAACAAACACGCAUUGUUCGCUCAUAGAAGAGAUUAUAGGAAGGAAUGUUGUAUAAUAGCGAAACGGCUUAACUCUUUUUCGAGUUUGUUAACCAUAUCGAAGAAGCACAUUGGGUGUGAAGGGAUAGAAGAAUUAUUUUAUUCUUCCCUGGUGAACCUGUGAACCAUUGAUCGGAGCUGAUGUUGAUGAAAUAGAAGAAACGCUAUAGCAGAUACAUAACGAGAGCGAGAGAGAUUGAUUAGCAACGCAUGAAGCAGUGUGUACAUAUUUUAGCCCAACUUAAGGAGUGACCAUGGUUCGGAUGGAUGCUACAAGGACCAUGCGGCGAAGGUUGAUACAUGAAUAUAUAUACACAUAUACACAUGAGGAUAACAAAAUCUACUAGCGAAAUGCAUUAGCGCGAUCGAGACAACGCACCGUGUAAGUAUCAGCUGCAUAGGCGAGCAUAUUGUUAGGUUAUUUGUUAUGUUAAUAUUUCGGUCAACCAUUUAGCUCACAAAGCGCUCACCGGCUCAAUGAGGAACAGGUCCGGGGGCGGGCUCAUGAUUGCGCGAAGCGAUGCAAAAUACUUAGAAAUAUAUUUGAAAUAAUAAAAAAACCCAAUUAUAGACAA